GAUAAGUGGAAAAUUAAAAAUUUGUAAUUUACUAUUUUUUCUUGUGAGGACCAUAGGAGAAAAGGAGGGUGAAAAAAAAAAAAUGGCCUUCAUCUGAUUCGUCAUACUUGUUCUUUAUGGGAAUACUGGGUGCAUUUCUGACCUGGGAGUUUUGUCUAUCUGUUGAUGCAAUGUGUCAUAGUCCCUUCUUCUUCUAAGCAACCUGCCGCAGCAAAGAGGCAAGUGAUGGGGCAGAAGGACCCAGACGACAAGAAUGCCGGCACAGCAACGGGGAGCGCAAAGCUUAGCUCUCAGAAAGUGGCGAAGUGCACGUCAACCUCCACCCAAACAAACAAACCAGGAGUGCAGGUUCAAGGAGGGCGAAUGAAAGCAACAAGUAAGGUGGGUGCGGCAUCGGGAGGUAAAGGUCUAGUCAAAGUUAAGAAAGAGGAGCCCGAGCUAGAAGAAUCUGAUCCGUCGCCCUGCAAGAAAACAUCUGGAAAUAAGAGCACGAAUGGGGGACAGUUAAGUAAGGCAGCAAUGGGGGCAGUGAAGACAGAAACCUCGAGCAAGGGUAAGGUAGCAGCACAGCGGAAAACGCCAAACUCAAAUGGCCAGGGUGCUGCUGUGCGGGAGUUGUCACCGAGGAAGAAACCAAAGAUUGAGAGGUGACUGGGAUCAUCACUGGAUGAAAGGGGAAUUCAGGAUUACAGAUAGAGAAGGGGGAACGGAGAAAGGAGAGGAGGUAGAGGAGAGAGGUUGGUCGAUGGGAUUGUUUUAACCCAGGAAUGUAUGCAGACAGACCAAUGACCUGACAUCAAACCUACGAGUGCAAGUGCUCCAUCGACGGCCCAGAUCUGCUGUACCAGGGACGUGGCAGCAUUAUCAGGACAGCUGGAUGGCCGACAACUUGGUGGAUAGGUCAGUGGCCUGCAAAUCGGUCUCUUUUGAAGCUAUAGCCUAUAGGGGCUUUCGAAUCAAGCACAGCAGGUGGCGUCUCGCCUUGUAAAUAAUCACAGUCUGGUUGUGAAUGGAUGUGCGAGGCGAAAUUCCAUUCAGAACAGUAGGACGAGUGCAAGUGCUUAGAUCGACGACCCAGAUCUUCUGCACUAGGGACAUGGCAGCAUUGUCAGAACAGCUGGAAGGCCGACAAAUUGGCAUACACGUCAGUGGCCUGCAAAUCGGUCUCUUUUGAAGCUAUAGGGGCAUUCAAUUCAAUCACAGCAGGUCGGCUCUUGCCUCAAAAUUAAUCACUGUAUGGUUGUGAAUGGAUGUGCCAGGCGAAAUUCCAUUCAGAAAAUAGGAGGAUGGUGAAUACGUUGACCACAUACUAUGUAUUCUCCUUCGCCGUUGUGCAACUCCAGAUGGGCAUGUUAUUUCUGUUAUGUUCCACUAUACCUUGUCAAUUGUUCAGUCCUUGGCGGAUCGUUUUAAUCUGAGUGCAUGAAGGAAUGUUAGAGAGGGAUUUUCACUGCCUUUCCCUGUGACAAUAGACCAAAAAACUACAGCUCGAGAACUAUUUGGCCGCAGGGAAAGGAGGGGUAAAGUCCCGGACUUCAACUUUGCAAAUAGGGGAUCUCUUGCAAUAUGCAAUUCAAAGGUCCAUUGUUGAGUCCAUCAGCGGCUGGCAUUAGUUCUUGUCUAUCCUCAUGACAAGAGGGCUCACAGUCCUUAGCACAGCGGACAGUUGCUGUGCUCUCAGUUCCAUGUUAGAAAGACCGACUAGUUGAUAAUCAAAGCCUGUCGAUUCU